AUGGGUCCAUACCGAAAUCAUGGCUCUGAAAUAGAACAGGAAAAAUUACUGUUGGAGUAUCUACUAGAAAUUAAAUCCACACAUGAGCCAAGUUCAAAUUACAAUGGAAUUAACUAUUUCAGUUUUACCAUUUCUGCAGAUGAAAAUCAACUUAAAACAGAAAAAUCAAAUGUCUCUACACUGAUAGAAUUUAUUCUUCUGGGGUUUUCUGAUGUUCCUAGUCUGCAGUGGAUGCUGUUUAUAAUAUUUUUGUUCAUGUAUCUGACUAUUCUUAUGUGCAACAGCAUUAUAAUACUGUUAGCAAAAACUGACCCUGCUCUCCAGAUCCCUAUGUAUUUUUUCCUUAGCAACUUUUCCUUUUUGGAAGUCUGUUAUGUAACAGCUACCAUUCCAAGAAUGCUUAUGGAUCUUUACACCCUAAAAGGAAAUAUUUCUGUGCUUGCCUGUGCAACACAAAUGUAUUUUGUCCUUAUGUUAGGAGGCACAGAGUGCCUCUUGCUGGCAGCGAUGGCCUAUGACCGCUAUGUGGCCAUUUGCAAACCUCUUCAAUAUUCUUUGCUCAUGAAGGAUAAAGUGUGUUUGCAGCUUAUAGCUGCCUCCUGGAUCAGUGGGAUUCCAGUAGAAAUUGGGCAGACCUACCAGAUAUUCUCUUUGCACUUUUGUGCUUCCAACAAAAUCGAUCACUUCUUCUGUGACAUCCCCCCACUACUCAAGCUUGCUUGUGGUGACACUUUUGCGAAUACAGUAGCAGUCUAUGUCGUUGCAGUGGUGUUCGUCAUGGUACCAUUUCUUCUGAUCAUUGGCUCCUAUGUCAAGAUUAUCUGCAAUAUUAUGAAACUUUCCUCAGCCAAAGGGAGGGCCAAGGCCUUUUCCACCUGCUCUUCUCACUUGAUAGUUGUAGUCUUGUUUUAUGGAACUGCUAGCAUCACUUACUUACAACCCAAAUCAAAUCAGUCAGAAGGAAUGGGGAAGCUGCUCUCUCUUUUCUACACCAUUUUGAUCCCAGCUUUGAAUCCUCUUAUCUAUACUCUGAGGAACAAGGACAUCAUGAUGGCAUUGAGAAAAUUGCAAAAUAAGUUACUGACAAGGUGGGAAAGCUUAAAAUAG